GAGAGAGUUUCCUGUGAGAGAGAGCGCCAGAGAGAAACCAUGGCGGCUUCGAACGGGAGCGAGUACUUCGAGUUCGAGAUGGGGUCGAGGAACGACAGUUUCUCACGGUCGAGGAGAGAGGAAGUGGAGGCGGACGAGGAUGAGCUGAUGUGGGAGGCGAUCUUGAGGUUGCCGUCGCAGAAGAGGACAAACUUCGCGCUGAUGAAGAGGUCGGCCUCGGAGGCGGAGGGAGAACAAAGGACGGACACGAUUGAUGUGAGGAAGCUCGAUCGGUUGAAUCGGCAACUGGUGGUGAAGAAGGCUUUCGCCACCACCGAGCAGGAUAACUUCAAGUUGCUCUCCGCCAUCAAGGAGCGGUUGGAUAGGGUUGGACUGGAGGUGCCUAAGGUUGAAGUAAGGUUUGAGGAUUUGCAUAUCUCGGCGGACGUCCAAACCGGCUCAAGAGCUUUGCCUACUUUGGUGAAUUUUACUCUUAACCUCAUGGAGAAUCUUCUUACCACUGUGGGGCUUUUUCGUCCUAAAAGAUAUUCCUUAACCAUCUUGAACAGCAUCAGUGGUGUUGUCAAACCAGGAAGGAUGACAUUGCUCUUGGGGCCUCCAGGCGCUGGGAAAUCCACCUUGCUUUUAGCUCUUUCAGGGAAGCUGGCUGGUAACUUAAAGAAAAGUGGAAGAAUUACAUACAAUGGCCAUACAUUUAAUGAAUUUUGCAUUCAAAGGACAUCUGCAUACACGAGCCAAACAGACAAUCACAUUGCCGAGCUAACUGUACGUGAAACUUUGGACUUUGCGGCGAGAUGCCAAGGUGCAAAUGAAGGUUUUGCAGGAUAUAUGACUGAUCUUGCCCGUUUGGAGAAGGAAAGAGACAUUCGUCCAAGUCCAGAAAUUGAUGCUUUUAUGAAGGCAUCAGCUUUUGGUGGCAGAACCCACAGUAUUUCCACAGAUUAUGUCUUGAAAGUGCUUGGUCUUGAUGUAUGCUCAGAGACGAUAGUCGGUAAUGAUAUGCUUAGGGGCGUUUCAGGUGGUCAAAAAAGAAGAGUUACAACAGGUGAAAUGAUUGUGGGCCCGAGGAAAACCCUUUUUAUGGAUGAAAUAUCUACUGGGCUUGAUAGCUCUACAACAUUCCAAAUUGUUAAAUGCAUUGGGAAUUUUGUUCAUCAAAUGGACAGCACGGUGCUAAUGGCUCUGCUUCAGCCUGCCCCAGAAACGUUUGAUCUAUUUGAUGAUCUGUUGCUAUUAUCAGAAGGACACAUUGUGUAUCAAGGUCCCCGAGCGGAAGUGUUAGAGUUUUUUGAGUCAUUAGGUUUUCGAUUACCGCCCCGUAAGGGUGUUGCUGAUUUUCUUCAAGAGGUCACCUCUAAAAAGGAUCAAGAACAGUACUGGUCUGAUCCUUCAAGACCAUAUGUUUACCUUCCUGUUCCAAAAAUUGCAGAAGCAUUUAAGGCUUCCAGAUUUGGAUCGUCUAUGCAAUCCGCUCUUUCUACUCCAUUUAAUAAAUUUGACAGCCAUCCCGCAGCUCUGUCCAAGACACGGUUUGCAACAUCAAAAUCAGAGCUGUUUAGAGCAUGCUUUGCCCGAGAACUUUUACUGCUCAGCAGGCAUCGUUUUCUUUAUAUUUUUAGAACAUGCCAGGUUGCAUUUGUUGGAUUAAUCACAUGCACGAUGUAUUUGCGAACAAGAAUACAUCCAAGAAAUGAGGCAGAUGGAGAACUCUACCUUUCUUGCCUGUUUUUCGGGCUGGUGCACAUGAUGUUCAAUGGAUUUUCUGAGUUACCCAUUAUGAUAGCACGACUCCCAAUCUUUUACAAGCAAAGAGAUAAUUAUUUUCAUCCUGCAUGGGCAUGGUCUGUGGCUAGUUGGAUCCUUCGUUUACCUUACUCUGUUAUUGAGUCUGUUAUAUGGUCUUGUGUUGUGUACUAUCCAGUCGGUUUCGCUCCAUCUGCUGGGAGGUUUUUUCGUUUCUUGUUUGUACUCUUUUCAACGCACCAAAUGGCACUGGGUCUCUUCAGGGUGAUGGCUGCUUCUGCACGAGAUAUGAUUGUUGCCAAUACAGUUUGCUCAUUUGCGCUGCUAGUUGUACUCUUGUUGGGUGGAUUCCUUAUUCCAAAAGCUUUGAUUAAGAAAUGGUGGGUUUGGGCUUUUUGGCUGUCACCGCUGUCCUACGGGCAACGCGGAAUUUCUGUAAAUGAAUUCACUGCCACAAGGUGGAUGAAGAGAUCUGUUCUUUCAAAUGAUACAAUCGGGCAUAACGUUCUUCAGGCGCAUAAGUUACCCACUCAUGAUUACUGGUAUUGGCUUGGAGUUUGCGUUUUACUAGCUUACUCGGUUCUUUUCAAUUACUUGUUGACUUUGGCCUUGGCUUACCUCAACCCUCUUACAUCAGCCCAGGCAGUGCUUCGAACUGAUGACGAGGAUGGUGGAGGUAAACCGAAAGCUGCUGAGGAAGGAAGUAAAAAGAAGGGAAUGAGUCUUCCAUUUCAACCAUUGACAAUGACUUUCCAUAAUGUCAAUUACUUUGUUGAUAUGCCGAAGGAAAUGACGGCAAAAGGUAUACCAGAAAAGAGGUUGCAACUAUUGUCAAAUGUCAGUGGAAUAUUUUCACCGGGUGUUCUUACGGCAUUAGUUGGGUCAAGUGGUGCCGGGAAGACGACUUUGAUGGAUGUGCUUGCUGGUAGGAAAACUGGUGGAUAUAUAGAAGGGGAUAUUAUGAUAUCCGGUUAUCCCAAAGAGCAGCGCACUUUUGCCAGAGUUUCUGGUUAUGUUGAACAAAAUGAUAUACAUUCUCCUCAAGUAACAGUUGAGGAGUCCCUCUGGUUCUCUGCCGUUCUCCGCCUUCCAAAAGAAGUCAGCAAGGAGCAAAAACUUGAGUUUGUCGACCAAGUGAUGAACCUAAUAGAGCUUGAUGUUCUAAGGCAUGCUUUGGUUGGAAUGCCUGGUAGUACUGGUUUAUCAACCGAGCAAAGGAAACGAUUAACAAUUGCAGUUGAGCUUGUUGCAAAUCCUUCUAUAAUCUUUAUGGAUGAACCCACAUCUGGACUUGAUGCAAGAGCAGCAGCCAUUGUGAUGCGAACUGUUCGUAAUACAGUUGAUACUGGAAGAACAGUAGUCUGCACCAUUCAUCAACCAAGUAUUGAUAUAUUUGAAGCAUUUGAUGCGCUACUUCUCAUGAAACGGGGAGGGCGAGUUAUCUAUGGAGGGAAGCUUGGCAACCAAUCACAGAAUCUGAUAGACUAUUUUCAGGGAAUUAGUGGAAUCCCUCCUAUUCCUGAUGGUUACAAUCCAGCAACUUGGAUGCUUGAGAUCACUACACCAGCUGCUGAGGAGAGAAUUGGUGAAGACUUUGCAGACUUGUACAGAAAUUCCGAGAAUUUCAGGGAGGUCGAAGCUGCCAUUAAGAGUUUCAGUGUUCCACCUCCUGGCUCUGAGCCAUUGCAUUUUCCUACCAUGUAUUCACAAGAUGCCAUGACCCAAUUCCGGACUUGCCUUUGGAAACAAAAUCUUGUGUAUUGGAGGAGUCCAGAGUACAAUGCUGUCAAGAUAUUAUUUAGUACAAUAAGUGCGCUGAUAUUUGGUUCAGUUUUUUGGGAUGUUGGUUCCAAAAGGGAUUCAACGCAAAGUUUAGUUAUGGUUAUGGGAGCUCUUUAUGCUUCAUGCUUGUUUGUCGGAGUUAAUAAUUCUGCUUCAGUACAGCCAAUAGUUUCAGUUGAGAGAACGGUUUUCUAUAGAGAGAGAGCAGCUGGAAUGUACUCUCCUUUUCCUUAUGCAGCAGCACAGGGUCUUGUGGAGAUUCCAUACACGAUACUGCAGACAAUAGUUUUUGGAGUCAUAACGUUUUUCAUGAUCAACUUUGAAAGGACAGCCAGAAAAUUUUUUCUAUAUCUUGUGUUCAUGUUCCUCACCUUCUCCUACUUCACCUUUUACGGGAUGAUGGCUGUUGGCCUCACACCAAAUCAACAAUUGGCAGCCGUAGUUUCUUCUGCGUUUUACUCAUUAUGGAAUCUCCUCUCAGGCUUUCUUAUUCCCAAACCACGUAUCCCGGGAUGGUGGAUCUGGUUCUACUACAUCUGCCCAGUUGCAUGGACGCUACGGGGUAUUAUCAGCUCUCAACUUGGUGAUGUGACAGAGAUAACAAUAGGACCUGGAUUUAAGGGUGCCGUGAAUAAGUAUUUGAAUGACAAGCUUGGCUUUGGUCCAGGAAUGAUCGGAGUUUCAGCAGUUGUGCUUAUCUGCUUUUCUGUCUUAUUCUUUAGUGUCUUUGCCAUCUCUGUCAAGGUUCUCAACUUCCAGAAAAGAUAGAUUGGAAGCUCCUCUCAUAUCUCGAAUACACCAUAUCAACUCGGUGAUCAUAGUAAAAGGAAGUCGAUUGCUAGCUGGUAGAGAAUAUGAUGUUGUUGUAGCUUCAAGGAGAUAUCGGAUGUUGGGAUAGCGUUAGAAAUUUAAUUAAUACAGUAGUAGUGAGUUUUAUGCUGCAUCUUGUGUAACGCAAUUGGAUUCACUGUGAGAGUUAACAACUCUGUUCCAUCAUCACCGCAAUAAAUUUGAUUUCUUUUAUUGCA